AUGAAUAAGCAAGACGCGCAAAUUUGUUCGUGGUUAGAGGAGUCUGAUUUAGAAGAGACCGGUGCACAAUGUUUCGACGAAAGUAUGUCUGAAAGCGAUCGGGACAGUGAAAAUUUGGAACAUAAUAGUGAUACCGAACAGUCAGGAGAUGAAAUGAUGUCAUCGGAGACAUGUUUCCAUCGACUCAAUUUAGUCGAUCAUCGGCCAUCGACUAGUUUCAAUCAAUUGACAACGAUUCCUAGGAGUCGCAGCCGUUCUCCUGUCACCUUCCGGAGACCAUCUCGCAGUGCACGUCAACAUCGUGAACGUUUGUCGUUUAGAUCUUCAUCAACAUCUUCAAAUUCAUCGAGCGAUGAACCUUUGACUCACAUACGAGUAAGACCAAUUCGAACAUUUCAAACUGAGAGAAAUUUCAUUGAACCUACUACAAAUCGUCCUCUAAGAGUGCCUGUGUACAAAGCAAACACUAAAACUGUCUUACUGCGUAGAAUGUACCUAAAAGAGAUAUCCCUCGCCCUGGUCAGGCCACAUUUAAUGAAAAGAUCUAGCAUAAUGACAUUCCCGAGUACACUAAAAAGACAAAUCGCUCGAUUUGUACCAAUGGAGAACCAAGAAACCCAUGAAAAGCGAGAGGGAAUAUGUUCAAUAUGUCCUACGAGAAAAAAUCGACGAACAAAAAAAGGGUACAAAGUAUGUGCUAAAUUACUGUGCAACGAGCACUGUGUUUACCUGUGUGAGUGUUGUUUUGACGGGGAAUACGGCCAAGAUGCUUAA